CCCUGCACUCUCUACAAACUCGGCGGCAUGUCCCGUUAAACUCUCUCCCCGACCCCAGCACUCCACGGCACACUCCGCAGCCCCCUCCCUACCCCCCUCCCCUCUCUCUUCCCCAUCCCUCUCACACAGGCUCCGUCCGGCGCUGUGUGUCCCGCCGCUUCCCCUCUCCCCGGGCUGGGAGACAUGCCCCGGAACCACGCGGAUAACGGCGGCAUGCCGGACGAGAAACGGGUGGAGUUCGUGGGACUGACAGCGGUGGAGAGCAGUCUCCCCCAGAGCCGGGAAGGGUCGCUGGGCAGCCCCGCCGAGCGCCUCCACGGUAGCCGGCUCCGGUUAGCGGGGACACCCGGGGACGGCGAGAGGCUGGGACUGGCAGCGGCGCCCGGGGAUGGGGCACACAGUGCCCGCUUCGGGCUGCUCGGCAGACCACUGCCCCUCAAACACGGCAACAAGCGGAAUGCCCGCUACAGGAAGCUGCAGAAUUGUCUGUACAAUGUGUUGGAGAGACCCCGCGGAUGGGCGUUCAUUUAUCACGCCUUUAUAUUCCUCCUGGUCUUCAGCUGCCUUGUCCUCUCGGUGUUUUCUACCAUCCCCAUACAUCAAGCCGUGGCCAAUGCCGGCCUCUUUAUUCUGGAGUUCGUCAUGAUCAUCGUGUUUGGGCUGGAGUACGUGGUGCGGAUCUGGGCGGCCGGUUGCUGCUGCCGCUACCGCGGGCUGCAGGGGAGGCUCCGAUUCGCCCGGAAACCCUUCUGCGUGAUCGACUUCAUCGUCUUCGUGGCCUCUGUCGCAGUGAUUGCCGCUGGCACCAAGGGCAACAUUUUUGCCACGUCGGCGCUGCGCAGCAUGCGUUUCCUGCAGAUCCUGCGGAUGGUGCGGAUGGACCGCAGGGGUGGCACCUGGAAGCUGCUGGGAUCUGUGGUGUACGCUCACAGUAAGGAGCUGAUCACAGCCUGGUACAUCGGUUUUUUGAUCCUCAUUUUCUCCUCGUUCCUUGUCUACCUGGCUGAGAAGGAGGAAAAUUCGGAAUUUUUAACAUACGCAGACUCCCUCUGGUGGGGUACAGUAACACUGACGACCAUCGGUUACGGUGACAAAACGCCGCAGACGUGGCUUGGCCGAAUGUUGGCAGCAGGAUUCGCGCUGUUAGGGGUCUCGUUCUUUGCUCUCCCAGCUGGAAUUCUGGGCUCAGGGUUUGCUCUGAAAGUUCAAGAACAACAUCGACAAAAGCACUUUGAGAAAAGGAGAACUCCCGCUGCCAACCUCAUUCAGGCUGCCUGGCGCCUCUACUCCACAGACGUGUGUCGGCCAUACCUGACCGCCACCUGGUAUUACUAUGACAGUAUUCUACCUUCGUUCAGGCAUAGGCUGGGCUUCAGAGACAGGAUGAAGAUGAACAGCCCGGCCCUUCAGAGUAUGCGGAACAAGCAGGCGUCGACACCGAGCAUCCAGCGCAGCCCCAGCACGGAGAAUGCGGCGCAGGCCAGUCCCACCAAGGUGCAGAAGAGCUGGAGUUUCAACGACAGGACACGCUUCCGGGCCUCGCUCCGCCUCAAACCCAGAGCCACCGUGGAAACGGAGAAUGUGGGAGAUGACAGCUACGACGAGAAGGCCUUUCACUGCGACAUCAGCAUGGAGGAUGCCAAGCCCAUUGUGAAGACCCUUAUCCGGGCCAUCAGGAUUUUGAAAUUUCUCGUAGCGAAGAGGAAAUUUAAAGAAACCUUGCGGCCGUACGAUGUCAAAGACGUGAUUGAGCAAUACUCUGCGGGGCAUCUCGACAUGCUGGGCAGGAUCAAGAGCCUUCAGACCAGAGUUGACCAAAUCGUGGGGAAAGGUCAGAUGACGCAGGAUAAGAAGAUGCGUGAGAAAGGAGAGAAGGUGUCAACGGAACUGGAGCCCUUCGAUGAGUUCAGCAUGAUGGGCCACGUGAUCAAGGUGGAGAAGCAAGUGCAGUCCAUAGAACAAAAGCUGGACAUGCUGUUGCUGAUCUACAGCCAAAGCUUAAGCAAGGGUUCAACCACAGCAUUGACUCUGGCUGCGAUGAACAUUCCUCUAAUUGACCAGGACCUGACCUCUGACUAUCAUAGCCCAGUGGACACGACAGAUAUCUCCAUGUCCACCCAGACAUUGAACAUAUCUACCAAUACAAAUACUGAGGAAAGUCAGUAGAAGGUCCAGGUGACCUACCUUCCUCUGUACUCUGCUGACAUUAAUUACAUGGACUCGCACUUAGGAAGACACUUCAAAUGAUUAUUAUUCAUUUUAAUUUAAUUAUUUUCUGUAUCAGUCAUCCACGAUUGAAGAGCAUCCCAGUACUUUCAAGAAUGCCUAACCUUCAAGGAAGACACCAAGUGCUGGAGUAACUCAGCAUCUCUGGAGAGAAGGAAUGGGCGACGUUUCGGGUCGAGACCCUUCUUCAGACUGAUGUCAGGGAAGGGGGCGGGACAAAUAUAGAAUGUAGUCGGAGACAGUAAGACUAGUGAGGCAACUGGGGGAAGGGGAUGGAGAGAGAAAGCAAAGUCUAUCUGAAGUUAGAGUUAUGAAGUUCAUACCGCUGGGGAACCUUCAAGUAAUAUCUUCUGAGACCUUGAGGACUAUCACUAAUAUAAAUUUCAAAACAGGCUGGGAUACAGGAAGGAAACAAAAUUCAUCAGCAUAGCCCAUGAACAUCUACAACAAGACUUGUGAAAGGGACCUGACAUCCACAGUGCACUGCAGAAGGUGCUCAAUGGUGAAAGACACCACUCUGGCAGAAAUAAUGGAUAGGAAUCCCAGAAGUAGGGGAUGUCCUAUUUACUACUAUGAACAUUCCAGUAACAUUGUUUAUUAUGUUCCUUGUGUGUGUGAGAUCCCUAGGUUAUUGCUUGCCUUUCUGCACCAGGGGACUUAUGUGAAAGGCCAGAUGUACGUAAGAUCAGUUGAAUUGGGAUUGCAGAGGAUUGAGACAGGGGUGUCAAACUGACCAUCUAUCAGUGGUCACCCACAUCACAUUGACUUCACUAGACAGCAUUCGAGGAAAUGUGUAUUUCAACAAAAUGGGAUUUUGAGGAAAGGGCGGGGAUUUUUUUUUUAAAUCAGAGAACCUUCAGGUACAAUCAAAUCCUGAGUGAAACGGGCCUUACCUGGGCAUCGAGGUAACUUCAUAUAUAAUGGCUGGGAUUUUCCACCACUGUUGCUUUCACUUGUCCUAUUAAAGAUGAGGUGCACUGGCAAAUGCAAAAACACAAAUCCCGAAUCAAUCCUCCCACCCACCACCCAGCAGUCCCGUAUUUCUCAGUGAAUUCCAGGAGUCUUAGAAGGUGCGCAAAAUGUCACGUGCGUUUUUUGCAGGGAUUUUGCAGUGGAUUUUUUCAUAUUAAAUGAAAAAAUUAGUAUACUCCAAUAAGGAUCCCAGUGACUAUGUUCAAAAAUCCCAUAUC